AACCACCCAGCCAGCCAGCCAGCAAGCCCUCCUGGCAGCUCCAGUCAUCUGCCUCUCUCCCACCCCUCCAUUUCUUCCCUUACUUUUAAUGGAGCCAUAUUUUCUCGAGUCAGGCUGUGGCUGCUGAUCUGUGCUUGUCAAUACGUUUCCUCUUGUUAAUUUUCUGCUUGGAUAGGUCUUUUUGUUCCUGCUCUGUCCUAUACACAGAAACCUGGAAUGUACCAAAACCACGCUAAAGACACCAACAACAACUGCCAAAAAAGCCUUCUCUGUGGUCAAAAGGAAAAGCUCAUCCAGGCUAUUAAAAGAAUCAAGCAUGAGGUAGAUGAGUGCAGAGAAGCAGAAAGAGAGACAUACAUAGAAUCAGUGGAAGUAGAGAACAGGUUUGAUGACCUAGAAAGGGAAAUCAGAGCAGAGUUUCAGAACCUCCACCGCUUCCUGGAUGAGGAGGAGUGGAGGGACCUGGAGCGACUGAGGAGGGAGAGACAGAAGCAACUGAAACAGCUGAAGGAGAGAGAGAAGAAGAUAGCGGGGCAAGGGCGAGACCUGGAAAAAGCCAUCGCAGUGCUCAACAACAAGCUGACUGAGGAGGACAGUCCUAAGCUGAUCAAAGAAAUUCAAGAUCUCAUUAAAAGAUCUCAGGUCAGCUUUGUUCUCCCAGCGGAGGUGGACACAGAGGUUCGCUCUGGCCAGUUUGUCGGUCCCAUCCAGUACAGAAUAUGGAAACACAUGAAAAGCUGCCUCUACCCAAAUAUUACAUCAGUGACCUUUGACCCUGAAACAGCACACCCGAAUCUGACUCUCUCCCAGUCCUGCACUUCAGUUUGGUUCGAUGAGGAUAAAGACACAAAAGACUUCCAGGCCAACCCGCGGCAGUUUCACUAUUACUACUGCUUGCUGGGCCGUGAGGGCUUCACCACAGGGCGACACUACUGGGAGGUCGAGGUUGGGAGCAAGACGGCGUGGAGGCUGGGUGUGGCAAGAGAAGACGUCCCAAGAGGGGAGAUGUCUGCCACAGGCACCUCCAACGGCCUGUGGACCUUGGCACUGAAGAGCGGCUCUAUCCUAGCCUGCAUUGACCCAGACCCGAUAAAGAUCAAGGUGUCGCUCUGCCUCGUCCGCAUUGGCGUGUUCUUGGACUGUGAAAAGGAGGAGGUGACUUUUUAUAAUGCCCUUACCAUGGCACCAAUCUACACCUUCUCCAUGGGCACUGUGGAGGUUCCUCUGUUUCCCUUCUACAACCCAUGUGACACAGAUUAUGGAAAGAAUAUGGCACCACUGAACAUCUUUAUCCCUUCCCUAUAAGAAGCUGUUCAGCUGGAACCGAACAUUAAGACAUUUGCAGAAUUAAUUGCCAAUGAUUUCACCAUGAUUUUUCAUUUUUGAAGCACCUCUCCAACUGGAUUACUUAACAUCUUACUCAAAAGUAUAAUAGCUAGAUGAGUCAAAAAUAAAAUUAAUAGUUGCUACAGUGAUUCUAUUGUGUCUCUCAUUUUAAGAAGAGAGUCCCUCUCAUUGAUUAUGCACUUAUUUCCUGGUAAAAGAGGGUAUAAAUGGAAAAACUCAGUUUAUGAAAUAAACACAGGUCACUGCUUCUGUAACUUUCCUUCACUCUUUAAGGUUGUCAUUUGCAGCCAAUCUGGAGCUUUAGGAUCCACAGCAGGUGUAAACAGAGCUGUGAUGUUCUUACCUUUGGCCUACAUAUAAAUAGCUCUGUGUCCUGUGUCCUGGGGCAGCUAUGGAAGCUCAAAACGCACCAGAGGGGAUUAAUGUGGUCAGAAAGUGACAUGUGUUCCCCACAACAAAUCA